UCCAAACUUCCAAUCCAAGUUGCGCAAUCACGCUUGCCCUCAUUUGUGUUGGACCUGAAAAACUCCAAUCAAUCAAACCCUAACCCUAACCCUAACCCACAAAUUUCAAUUUUCAAUCUUCAGUUUUCAGUUUUCAACUUCAUCACAUCAAUUCAGUCGAGAAUUUCAACAAGGAAAAAUGCUUCAAUCUCCAGGCCACUCUCCGCUCCAUCUCUCUUCCCCAUCCCCUUCCCUUUCCCAACUUUCUGUGCAAAACCCUAAUGGGUCUUCAUCAUCCUCUGCGAUUGCGAGUGCGAAGCAACCAACGGUUCUCGACGAAGACACCUACGUGGAAGCUUUGGAGAAGAUUAUCGAGCGCGACUACUUCCCCGACAUCUCGAAGCUUCGCGACCGCCUCGAUUGGCUCGAAGCCAUCAAGACCGGUGAUCCCGUUCAAAUUCGCGAUGCCCAGUUGAAGAUCAUAGAGCGUCGUGCUGGUACAAAUAGAAAGGUAACCAAUUCUAACACUCUCGAUGGUAGAAUCUCACAGACACCCGGUUCCACCUUUAUGAGAAAUUUCACUCCUUUUGAUGAAUUUGAUGGAAAACCCCCCAAAACACCCGGUUUGUCUGUAGUAGAUGAGGGAGAGAUUAAGACUAGCGAGGGGGGUGGUCUGGUGGAUGAUUCGCUUGGCCUGGAUCAAUUUCUGAGGAGGUAUACGAGUGAAGAUAAUCAUAGCUUUUCAAAGAUUUUGGACAAAGUGAAUAGGAAGAGGAAAGAGAGAUUUGGGUAUUUGAAUGAAGAUGUUAAGGCUAUUGAGGAUGCGAAGAGGGAUAGGAUAACUGAUGGUUAUGGAACCUCUUAUCAGCCUCCAAGUACCUUGGAAGGCUGGAAUUACACGGCCAAGAAUUUGUUGAUGUAUCAUCCUGCUGAUCGGGGUGAGGUCCCGCUGACUGAGGAGGAAAGGAAUUUUAGGAUCAAAGGCUUGACGAAGGAAAUCAAUCGGCCAAAUACAAGAUUUCAUUCUAAAAUGAUGGAUUCUAGGCCGAAAGAAGAUGGAACUGUUGAGAUGCUUUAUACCCCCAUUGCUGGUGCUACUCCCGCUCCUAUGUCUCUCAGAGAUGGGGAUAAAUUAAAGAAGUAUGAUCUUGAGGAUUUGAGGAAGACUCCGAAUCCGUUUUAUUUGGAAUCUGGGAAGAAAGCUGAGAAUGGUUAUAGCUUUGUGAAGACACCAUCUCCUGCACCGGGAGUUGAUGAAUCCCCGUUUAUUACUUGGGGAGAAAUAGAAGGGACACCACUGAGGUUGGACAUGGAGGAUACGCCAAUUGAUAUUGGUGGUAGUGCUGAUGGGCCUCAUUAUAAGAUUCCUUCUGCACCGGCAAGAGAUGCAAAAGCACACUCACUUUCUAGGGAGGCUGCACGUAAGCUGAGGGAGAGGUCAAAGAUGUUUCGUAAGCCCCCGUUGUCAUCACCAGUUAGAGGUGGAAGUGCUAGUCCAAGCAUGCGGACCCUUUCUCCUGCUGCUCAGAAGUUUGUACGGAAUGCAAUUGCCAAGUCCUCAUCUUCUGUUGAUGAAUCACUCCGUGCAAGUUACCGUGGUUCUUCUCCUGCAUUGGCUACUCCUAGAACUAGAAGUGUGUCAAGGUUUGGUACAGAAGAUGGGAGCUUGGUUUCCAGGUCUCCAUCUGUUAGAGAGGACUCCAAUCCUCCCUGGUAAUAUGUUGUAACAUGUUUUGAAGCCAUGAUAAAAUGAUCACGUAGUAAGUCUUUUUUCUUCCUGGACAAUGUAUUAAAAUAAUAAAAUCUCAUCGACCAAUGUAAAUUUGGAGAGGAAGAGCAAUCUGAGGAUAAUAGAUUUUUCUUUCUGAAUUUUUCAUUCCAAAUUUUAAUUCUUUUAGUUUUAUUCUUGUUUACUGGUUGUCUAUAUCAGAAAUCUCGUUGAUAAAAGUUCUCUUGUGAAUCCUUCUAUUGAAGGCAUUGUUGUAUACUGAACUAACUAUGAAGUUACUAUCUCUGACCUUUUGGCUGUUAAACAGGUUUUCUUUUUAUUGCAAGUUCCUUAAUGUUUCUUUGUGCUUAAAUAAGUAGGCUCUUUAUGGCUUCAUAUACAUGUGCGCUGUCGUCAGUUAACCAAAUCCC